AUGACUGACCGUUUUUACACCGGGGGUUAACUGGGUUUUGUGAGGAAACGACGAUGGUACCUUGGUUAAGAGUCAAAACCUCUCGAGUCUUGAUAUUUUGAUAUUUUACAUCUCCCCUUUCCGUUGCCUCCUUCUCAAGCCGUAGUCGGUAUACGCUUCUCACUUUGAUUACAGCUCCUCUUCCCGUUGAUUUGUUUGCUCGAUUCAUUGGAUCAUGUCUACUAGAUGGGUUUUGAGAAAUCUGAGUUCAAAAGCUCGUUUUCUUUCUACAUCCACUACUUCUUCUUAUAUCACUACUACAACUCUAAUCGACUUUUACCCAACUCCUUUGUUAUUUGCUACUACCAAGGUUUUGGGUUGCCAAGGAACCUAUUUGUGUCGGUUUCGUGCAUUCCAUGGAGCCACGUAUCAAAUUCAUCAAGAAAAGAACUCUGUGGUUGAGGAACAAUUGGACCCGUUUACCCUUGUUGCUGAUGAUCUUUUAGUUGUGGCUAGUAGAUUACGGAGUAUGGUUGGCGCUGAGGUCCCUAAGCUUGCCUCAGCUGCUGAGUAUUUCUUCAAGAUGGGAGCAGAAGGAAAGAAAUUUCGUCCCACGAUUAUACUGUUGAUGGCAUCUGCUUUGAAUAUGUCAACCGUAGCUCCUGAUGGUGUGGUUGACUUGCUACAUGAAGAACUGCGCUCUAGACAACUCUCUAUUGCUGUGAUUACAGAGAUGAUCCAUGUGGCGAGUCUUCUUCAUGAUGAUGUUUUGGAUGAUGCCGAGACUAGGCGUGGUAUUGGUUCAUUAAAUUGUUUCAUGGGGAAUAAGAUAGCUGUAUUAGCAGGAGACUUUCUGCUUUCAAGAGCUUGUGUUGCUCUUGCUUCUUUGAGAAAUAACGAGGUUGUAACUUUGAUUGCGAAGUCUGUUAAGCAUCUGGUUACUGGUGAAACCAUGCAAAUGACCACUGCGUCUGAGCAAAGAUGUAGUAUGGAAUAUUAUAUGGAAAAGACAUAUAACAAAACAGCAUCAUUGAUAUCGAACAGCUGCCAAGCAGUUUCUAUUAUCACAGGACAAACAGCAGAGGUUUCGAUGUUAGCGUAUGACUAUGGCAGGAAUCUGGGUUUGGCCUUCCAGUUGAUUGACGAUGUACUUGAUUUCACUGGCACAUCAGCUUCCCUUGGAAAGGGAUCCUUGUCCGACAUUCGCCAUGGGAUAGUAACGGCUCCAAUAUUGUUCGCCAUGGAAGAGUUCCCUCAGUUACGUAAAAUUGUGGAUCGAGGCUUCCAUAAUCCUGCCGAUGUUGAUCUGGCCAUUGAAAUCCUUGGCAAGAGCAAUGGAAUACAGAGGGCCAUUGAGUUGGCAUCUGAGCAUGCAAAUCUAGCAGCUGCAGCCAUCAGAUCUCUACCAGAGACUGAUAAUGUGGAUGCCAGAAGAUCAAGACAGGCUCUUAUUGAUCUAACUCAGAUAGUCAUUACCAGAAAAAAGUAACAUUGACACCAUCCUGCUCUACCCAAUUACAAGGUACGGAUUCCUGUUCUCAUAGGAAAGGGUACCGAUCUCAGUCCAGCAGAAUUUUUCGGGUUAGUUGGAAAGCUGAAUGUUAUCACUUAUACAAAGCGUUCUGAUUUUUUGGCCCAAGCAUUCUAUUUUUCUGAUGCUCAACACAUGCUGACCAAAGCAUUCUGAUUUUCUGAAACAAAUCAUGAAUGUUGUCUCCGAUACAAAGUAACACAUUUUCUUUCUGUGAUAGUGCCACUAAGGAACGAAACGUUCAAAAUUUUGAACUAUGCUUGUAAGUGAUAGGUCCAUAGUGUUUGUUGUUUGUUGUCCUUAUUCUUUCAAUUAUUCCUUCAUUAAUGUUGUAGUUUAUUUGUAACUUUAUCCCAAUUUUUCUGAUGUGGUUCAUAUGUAAAGAUAAAUUAACGUCUGAACCCCUAUAAGAUGGUUAUCAUAAUCAUCAGAGUAGUGUGGAGGUAACCUGAUAGCUGAACUUUUGGUCACAUCAGGGUGCCCUAAAGAUAUUGUAAUCGGUUCUGAUGAUUUUUUAAAAUGUGAUGUUAAUAAAAUGGGAGAAUGUGAAAACUAA